GCAAUCAUAGUUCAAACUCAUCAGCAAGAGUAAACAGCUCAUUCUCUAAAAAAUAAAAAUAAACUCAAAGUUAAGAAAAAUGGCAGCAAAAAUUUGUAUUGCUUUCUUCGCUUGUGUGGUAGCUGCUUUAGCUGCUCCAGGAGGUCAUGGUGGUGGCGGACACGAACAUGUCAAGAUCUCAGUUCCAUACCACAUCCACACUGUCCAUCAUCAUCAUGUUGAGAAAUAUCCAGUCUACAAGAAGAUCGAAGUUCCAGUCAUCAAGGAAGUCAAGGUUCCAUUCCCAGUCCAUGUCCCCGUCAAAGUCCCAUACCCAGUUGUUGUGAAGCCACAUGUUGUCACCGUCCCAGUUGAACAUUAUCCAGUCCACACUUCAGAAGUCCAACAUGGAGGUUAUGGAGGUUCAUCCGGAGGUGGUUAUGGAGGUUCAUCAGGUGGCUAUGGAGGUUCAUCAGGUGGCUAUGGAGGUUCAUCAGGUGGCGGUUAUGGAGGUGGUUCAGGCCAUGGAGGAUGGUAAAAUGUUCAAAGAACAUAAAUGAAUCUUCAUUGCACGCAUUUACUACCAAUCAGCGGAAUCCGCAACAUCAAGUUUUUGAAUUCCUGCCUCAUAAUUAUGAGUUUUAAUUUUUCACAUUCUCAAGU